AUGCUAGCGCACCACCUGCCUUGCCCCGGUGGCGCCCUGUGGCGAACCGCUGCCGACCGGCGCCUCGUGUCUAUCAGUGGCGGCAAGGUGGUGGCUGCCUGGAUCUACGACGACCCGCGCCUCGCAAACACCAGCCACGCCCGCCACCAGGGUGGUGCGUUCCUAGUGGUGCCCAGCCUGGCUGAGCUGGAGGGCGCCCUGCCCGCGGUCGCCCACGCCAUGUCGGCGCUCGGCACAGACUGCGCCGGCGGCACGCUGCACGUCGCCGUGUGCGGGUCAGAUGCGGUGAAGCUGUCGCCUGGCGCUGAGCAGCUGCUGGCCGGCGGCGCCCUGGGCGCGGCCGAGCCCGGCGCAAAGGUCUUCAGCUCCGCAGAGCUCAUAUCCCACGACGCCCCCGCCGCGGCCGCCGCCCACGGCAACGGCAACGGCGCCGCGGCGCUCGCGCGGGGCGCGGGGAUGGGGCCCCAGGAGAAGGCGCGGCGCGUGGCGGCGGCGGUGGCGGACGCCAAGGCAACGCUGCGACGCCUGCAGGUUGCCACCGUGAGCGUGCUGGCCCCCGGCAUGAGCACGAUGCCGCUGCGCAGCGGCUUUGUGUGGGACGAGGCCGCAGACUGCUUCAAGUACGACCCCUUCCUCCGCCAGGUGGAGGGCCCCGUGGCGCGCCUGCUUGAGCUGGACAAGCUCUCCAGCCAGCAGGUCGCCUACACCCCCAGCCGCAACAGGCAGUGGCACAUGUACGCCUGCAGCGACAGGGAGCCCAGGGGGCCCGAGCUCAAGCGGCUCUUCCUGCGCGGACAGGUGCGGCAGCUGGGCCACCCUGCGCUGCUGGCGGCGCAGUACAGCGGCAACACGCCGGCCGUCGCCGCCGCAGCGGUCAAGGAGCUCGAGGAGGCCCUGCCACCGAGCCGGGGCGCGCGUGUUCCCCUGGCCGCGCGCGCCCCGGCCCUGCGCCCGCCCCCCACGCCGAGGCGCGGAUCCCCUUUCAGCCCCUGA